GUUAUGUAACUACCAUCAUCAGAUGACGAAAAAGACUUCUGUCUCCUCGACAUAGAAGGAGUAAGUGAGUGAAUAACACCCACCUCUGCCUUAGAAUUUUUAAAGUGCCUUUGAGACUGUGUUAGCACAGGCAACUUGCAGAUCUUCAAUAAGUGCGGUUGCUUUCUGUGUCUACACCCAUAUGUGGAUUCUACUAACCUGAGCACUAAAGAACCUAUUCCUUUACUUCUGCAUAUAGAGGGAACUGCUUGCCACAGUGUGGGUUUCAUAAGAUCCCACUGAGACUCUUGUCGGCUCUCCUGAAGAACACACUGGAUACUGUGGUGCUGGUACACAGUGCUCUCGUUUCCAAGUCUGUGACGUCUGAAUGCAGCAGAUCAUAUGCAAAGGCCGAAUCUGGUUUUUGAAACAAUGAGGGCCCCCUAUUCCCUUCUCGUCUCGGCGGUGAUCAUCAUAUGUUACUGUAUGACGGGGCCGCACAAUUGUGUGACCUCCCAGAAGAAGACUUCCUGUGAAGUGCAAAAUGGCCAAGCUGACUGCAGCCACCUCAGCCUUAGUGCGGUCCCUCAAGACCUGCCCAGGAACAUCACCAGCCUGGAUAUGUCUCACAACAGAUUGACAAAGUUUCCCCCUGGAUCACUAACCCCAUACCCAGGCCUGCUCCACCUCAACAUCAGUCACAACAGUAUCACCAAGCUGGACCAGGGUGUGUGCCAGACACUGCCUCUGCUGAAGACCCUGAACAUGGGACACAAUCAAGUGUAUGUGCUGAAGAAGGAGGAACUGAGCCACUGCACUAAUCUAACAUGGCUGAUUAUGACUAGCAAUAAACUAAAGCUACAAGGAGAACCCUUCUCUGCACUACAGAGCCUGAGAGUUCUUGAUGUUUCCUUGAACAAACUAAAGUCAGCCAAGCUCGGCUCUCAGCCUCAGCUGCCCAACCUCGUGAGCCUCAAUCUGGCACGCAAUGACUUCACCACUCUAGAGACAGAUGACUUUUUGUUUCUUAACCAUUCGUCCUCCCUACAAGUCCUCAACAUGUCGCAUGUGUCUCUAAAAACGCUGGAGCCUGGUUGCUUUCAGCCCAUUUCAGGCCUACGUACUUUAGUCAUGGAUGGAAGCAAUAUGGGCCCACAGGUCAUUUCUAAGCUCUGCUCAGAGCUGUCACAGACAGCCAUUGAUGCUCUUUUUCUCCGGAAGAUGAAGCUGGUCACCCUCACAAACACAACCUUUACAGGACUACAGAAAACAAAUCUAACCUUUCUGGAGCUGUCCGGUAAUGGCAUGGUCAAAAUUGAAGAAGGCUCAUUUCGGUGGCUGUCCAGACUUCAGACUCUGAUUUUGGUAGACAACAACAUGAAGCAUCUGACCAAGCACACAUUUCAGGGACUCAAAAGCUUGGAAAAACUCCAACUGACUAAUGCUCUAGCGAGCAGUCAUCCCAUCCCGAUUAUCGAUGACUUCUCCUUCCAACCCUUAAGUGCCCUGGAGAGUUUGAUUUUACAGAGAACUGCAGUUCGUAACAUCACAGAGCACACAUUCACAGGCUUGACAAGUCUGAAAGAACUCGAUAUGAGCUGGAGUAGUUAUACAUCACUCAGAAACAUUUCCAACAAGACGUUCAUCUCACUGGCGGGGUCGCCUCUCAGAAAGUUAAAUCUCACCGGAACAGCUAUAGCACAGAUUAAUCCUCGAAGCUUCUCCGUUUUGAGAAACCUCACCACACUUCUGCUAGAUUACAACUUUAUCAAGCAGAAUCUCACUGGCGAAGAGUUCGAAGGCCUGGACCAAGUUGAACAGAUUUACAUGUCCAGUAACCACCAGAAAGUCAAUCUGAGCUCUGACUCGUUUGUUAAUGUGCCCAAUUUGAGGGUCCUGACUCUUGGAAGAAGCCUUAUAGCAGAAGCCAUGAACUGUGAUCCCUCUCCAUUCCGUCACCUUCCAAGCCUCACCUACCUGGAUCUCAGUAACAACAACAUUGCUAACAUCAGAGAGAAUGCAUUCGAGGGGCUUGUGAACCUGAAGGUACUGAAGCUCCAACACAAUAACUUAGCUCGUUUGUGGAAGAGUGCCAACCUAGGUGGGCCAGUGUUGUUCCUCAAAAAUACACCGAGGUUGUUAAUCUUAGAUUUGGAUAGUAACGGGCUGGAUGAGAUCCCAGCAGAGGCUCUGAGAGGGUUGAGUGACCUCCAUAACCUGAGCCUGGCCUCCAACCUCCUUAAUAGUCUUCAGGAGUUCAUUUUCGAUGAUUUGAAGUCACUGCGGGUUUUAAAUUUACAGAAGAAUCUGAUCACAACUGUGAGGCCCCAAGUGUUCAAAACUCCUCUGAGCAACCUCAGCUUGCUUGUCAUGGACAAAAAUCCAUUUGACUGCACGUGUGAGAGCAUGUUGUGGUUCGUGACAUGGUUGAAUAACACAAAUAUGACCACAGUGCCUGGCCUCAGGGACCAGUAUACAUGCAACACUCCACUGGCUUACUACAACCACCCCAUCAUGAAGUUUGACGCCCUCUCUUGCAAAGAUAUGACCCCAUUUCAGGCUCUGUACAUAUUGAGCAGCACUGCUGUCAUCAUGCUGAUGGUCACUUCGCUUAUGGUGCGCUUCCACGGCUGGAGGAUCCAGUUUUAUUGGAACAUACUGAUCAAUCGCACAUUAGGAUUCAGCGACGCCACAGUUGAAGAGGGCAGGGAGUUUGAGUACGAUGCUUACGUCAUACAUGCAGAGGAAGACAGCAGCUGGGUGGAGAGAAGGAUGGUGCCCUUAGAGAACAACAACUGCAGGUUUUGUUUGGAGGAUCGCGAUUCGGUCCCUGGCAUGUCCCAGCUUGAAUCCAUCGUGGAUAAUAUGAGAAGGUCCAGAAAAAUCUUGUUUGUGGUCACUGAAACUCUUCUCAAAGAUCCCUGGUGUAGACGAUUUAAAGCCCAUCACGCACUUCACCAGGUCAUUGAAGCCAGCAGGGACUCUGUGGUUCUGGUUUUCCUGCAGGACGUACAUGACUACAAGUUAUCUCACUCACUCUUCCUCCGCCGGGGCAUGUUGCGUCCAUGCUGCGUCCUGGACUGGCCUGUGGAGAGGGAGAGGGUGCCAGCCUUUCACCAGAAGCUCCUCAUAGCACUUGGCAUGACUAAUCGUUUAAAGGAGUGACUGCGUUCCAUUGGUAGGAAUGGGAAAUUCCCUUGGUAACAAUAAUAAUAAUAAUAAUAAUAAUAACCAAUGUAUGAUCAGUUCAUUGGCUCUCUGUGUAAAUAUUGUGCUCAAAGGGAUAUUUUGCCGAUUUUCAACCAGCUUUGUAUCAUAACAAUUAGAGUAGUAUGUGUGAAUGAACUGUGGUAAACUCCCCUCCAUCUAAUCAGUGCCUGGAUCUCCCUGCUCAUCUCCAGGCUCAAAUCUGCGCUGGCUCCAGGGCUGUUGCUCCAACUACAGAUUUUACUUCUGCAUUUUCGUUUGCACCACAGACACAAAGAGUAUAGACGCAGAGUGAGAGAGAAAACCACCCCUCUCUCUAACUUUCUCUCUAAAGCCCAAUUCAGACCAUGGAUUUGCGACUAGACAAAACCGUUUCAGAUCGUUGCAGCGGUGUGAACUGGCCGAUCUGGGAUUGACUCAAACUGGCUGAUGGUGUCACCUGCAACUCAGCUGGUCAAACUGCCGUCAGCUGGUUUUAGAACGGUUUUAGAAAGCACGUCACCUGUUUCUACAGCGAAUCGGCUUGUAGGGAAGUCCCCCGGUGAAGUCCGCGGCCUUGCUUGCUCCCGCAGUUGCUUUGUUCCCGCCGAGCCCUCUGUUUCCACCCUCACGUGUCCUGGUGUCGGACGGUAGGCCACUGCUGCUGCUCGCUGUAUGUGCUUAUGCUCCCUCACACACACACAUUCUCAUUGACUGAUUAAUUGGCGCUGCUUACUCAUAUUGUUGUGGCAUAUUUAUUAUUGAAUACAGUCCAUCUGAUGCUCGUUUUGUUUGUUUUUUGCCAUUUCAUCACAACUACAAAUGCAAGUGCAGCCAGUAUCUCAAUAUCACUAUCCCCAUUCAUAUUUUAAGAAGCUACAAAUUGUAUUCAGCCACAAAAUAAGCCUGAAAAGCUAGAAAUCAGAACGGGAGUACAGAGAGUUGUUGCAUAGAGAUGAUACUCCAUCUCAUCUAGUUACAUUGGUGUGGACCAUCAGGUUUUUAGAACGUUGCAGUGUGGUGCAUUGCAUGUAGUUGUACAUUUCAACUUGUCUCGUUGUAGAUCUUUUGUCUGGACUGGGCUUUAUGCAGACCAAACUCAGAUCAAAAAGUAAACCUAGGCAGUGUUGAUCAAAUUAAAAAAAAAAAAACAAGAUUCUGUUACUGUAUUGUCCUUUUCUCAUCUGGAAACAUCUUCAGAAACACAUUUUGGUGCACUUUUUGACUCUAAUAUGGGAAUUUGUGAACAGGACGUUGGGGCUGUACUGUUUCCUGUUGUAAAAAGAGAGGCUGAACAGUAAAACUAAUCACUGCUGAUCAGAAAUGAACCAAGACUCUGUCACUGCAUUGCCUCUUUCUCACCUAAGAUGUUAACAGAAACAUAUUUUAACUCACUGUUUAACUGUAAUUCAAGGUCAUUUGUUACCUGCUGGCUGCAAUAUUGUUUCCUGUGGAAAAACAGCCAACUGACCUUACAUCACCCACCAGUGGGAGCGUUUAUUGGUCCGGUGCAGUGCAGUGCAUUCUGGUACUUUCAGGUUUUCUACCUCUGGAGCAAAAAAAUGAAUACCACUGCCUCUGUUUUCUCUGUUCACGUAGCACCAAUAUCAGAAGGAUUUGCGUCUUUCUGAUGCAUAGACAGCCCAGUUUUAUGUUCUUCUUCAUGUUCUUCAAGUAUUUCAACUUGAAUAUUACACAGUUUAUUAUGACUCAGCAAAUGUAGGCCUGCACGCUGAUUCUGUGAUGGUAAUGAGGGAAUGGUACACAUUUAAUGACAUGAUCUUUUUUUUUCUUUUUGUUUUUUUUGUGUAGAUGUUAUUUUUAAACAUCUGUGUACAACAGUGUUGAUGUUCUCUGAUGUGUUACACAAACAGUCAUUUACUGCAUAUGCAAUGUACAGUGUAAAAAAUCUAGAAUUUAAAAUGAAGUAUUUCAAGUGCAGUUUUAAUGAUGUCAUUUCUUAAUAAAGUGUUUGCUAUAGUU